AUGACUUCGUUAAACGAACCUAAUGUCGAUUUUCACCUAAAAUUAAACCAGCAGCAGUUUAACAUUCCUUCCGAAUUGUUAAAGCGAAACUGGGAUAAAUUCAACAACCUAUAUACAAGCUAUUCAGUAGAGCUACAGGGACAAUUCGCUACUUUGAACACUUUACUUGAAGAUCCAAAUAAGGAUGAGCAAUCAAUAGAAAAAUUGAAUGAUAUAAUCAACACAGUGAACAUUUUGCAGAAGAGACUAUCGCAACUACAUGAUAAUGAGUUAACAAUUUUAGAAAGGAUUGAGAAGAGAGUAGAAUACUUCAAGCAGUUUGAAAGAUUCAAAUAUGAUUCUAACACUGACAAGCUUCUAAAAUGGUACAGGUCAUACACGGAUUUGUUAAUUGCCGAUUAUUUGGUAAGGCAUGGUUCGAAUUCUAUAGAUCAUAAAAACAAGAUUGCAUCAAACUCUGGCAUAGAGUUUAUAAAGACUAGGGGAUUAGAGGAUUUGAUUGAUUACGAAGUUCUCAUAGAAGCUAAUCAGAUAUCUAUGGAACUUAUAGAAAAUAAAAACCUUCGUCCUCUAUUAGAGUGGAUUGAAAAUAACUCUGCGCACUUGACAGAAAAAGGUUCGCAUUUACAGUUCCAAGCGUUAUUGCAGGAGUACAUUGAAUUAGUACGAUGUUCCGAUUAUAAAGCAGCAAUCAGGUGCUUCCAAACACACCUUGCCCAUUUCGCAAAUAUAUAUCCCAAAGAACUAAAACUGGCAGCGGGUAUUCUUGCUUUCUUCAAAAGCUGCCUCAACAAUGGUCGUGACGACGAAGUAACAAACGAACAAAAGUUGUUUCAUGCCUAUUUUAGAAAACAAAUGUAUCGACCACAUCCGUUGUCAUCAAUUUCUUCUAGUAACGUUGUUCACAAUGCUGAAUUAUGUCGAUAUGGUCCAUUAUUGGACCACGAGAGAUGGGAAAGUUUGAAUAAAAUGUUCCUACAUGAAUUUUACUCACUCUACAAAAUAUCUUACCACGAUCCACUAUUAAUAUAUAUAUCCUUAGGAAUCUCUUCGUUAAAAACAAAGGAUUGUGGUCACACCAUUUCCGCGCAACUAAUCCCUCAUGAAAAUCCGGAAGUAAAUGAAUACAUUAAAUCUAACGUUGUCAAUACAGAUUGUCCCGUAUGCAAUCAUGACAUAUUCCCUCUAUCUGAAAACUUACCAUUUGCCCAUCAUAUCCAAUCGAGUUUAUUUGAAAAUCCAGUAAUGUUGCCAAAUGGCAAUAUUUACGACUCUGAAAAGCUAAUAUCAUUAUCUCGAAAACUAAACAAAAUGGGGUACACUAAACUUAAAGAAAACCAAGUGAUGGACCCUAUUGAUAAAUCAAUAUAUGCUACAACAGACUUUAUCAAAAUGUAUCCUACUUAG